GCGCUCGCUCCGUGACAGUUAUUAUUAUUUUUUGGAUGAGCUGCACAUUUCCUGGUUCAGUGGCCCCGGCUUUGCGAGCAGCUGACUGGUCUCCUAGGUCUGGCUCAGGAUCAGCGGAUGACGCAGAGACUGGGGUCUGUGACUUCCUUCAGAUAAUCGUGAAGUCGGCGAGUUUAGAGGAAACUGGGGUUCUUGAGAAGACAAUUCCAGGGCUCAGGCAGGCCUAGAACAAGAGCACAAGUCACGGUCCCCAGCUUGGUAGAUCUCCAGCAGGGUCCGCAUCUGGGGACGGUGUUCUCUCCGAGGGAAUGCAAAAGCAGACCAGCUGGGGUUUGAGCCUGCUGCCUGCCUCAGGAAGGGCUCAGAUUUGCAGACUCAGAAAAGGAGAUGUGUGGGCUGCCCGGGGUCCUGCUUGCAUUUUCUGAUACCAGCUCCAGGGGGACAGUGAACUGGAGCAACUGACCAGAUCAAGACCCGAGCGAAGGCUCCCUUCCUCUGAAGCUUGGCAGCUCAUCCUUUAGGAGGAAGAUCUGUCUGCACUGCAAGUGUCCCCAGGAGGAGCACAUGGUGACAGUGAUGCCGUUGGAGAUGGAGAAGACCAUCAGCAAACUCAUGUUUGACUUCCAGAGGAACUCGACCUCCGAUGAUGACUCGGGCUGUGCUCUGGAAGAGUACGCCUGGGUUCCCCCGGGGCUGAAGCCUGAGCAGGUGCACCAGUACUACAGCUGCCUUCCAGAAGAGAAAGUCCCAUAUGUCAACAGUCCUGGAGAGAAACUGCGAAUCAAGCAGCUAUUGCACCAGCUGCCGCCUCAUGACAAUGAGGUUCGAUACUGCAACUCCCUGGAUGAGGAAGAGAAGAGGGAGCUGAAGCUGUUCAGCAACCAGAGGAAACGUGAGAAUUUGGGCCGAGGGAACGUCAGACCCUUCCCCGUUACCAUGACAGGAGCCAUUUGUGAACAGUGCGGAGGGCAGAUUAAGGGUGGGGACAUCGCUGUGUUCGCAUCACGUGCUGGCCACGGCAUCUGCUGGCAUCCACCCUGCUUUAUAUGCACCGUCUGCAACGAGCUUUUGGUUGACUUGAUCUACUUUUACCAAGAUGGGAAGAUCUACUGUGGUAGGCACCAUGCUGAAUGCCUGAAGCCGCGCUGUGCAGCCUGUGAUGAGAUCAUCUUUGCAGACGAGUGCACGGAAGCUGAGGGGCGGCACUGGCACAUGCGACACUUCUGCUGCUUUGAGUGUGAGACUGUGCUGGGGGGCCAGCGCUACAUCAUGAAGGAAGGCAGGCCCUACUGCUGCCACUGCUUCGAGUCCCUGUACGCAGAAUACUGUGACACCUGUGCCCAGCACAUAGGAAUCGACCAAGGUCAAAUGACCUAUGACGGCCAACACUGGCAUGCUACCGAGACCUGUUUCUGCUGUGCUCACUGUAAGAAGUCCCUCCUGGGGCGACCGUUCCUCCCAAAGCAGGGCCAGAUAUUCUGCUCACGGGCCUGCAGUGCUGGGGAGGACCCCAAUGGCUCUGACUCGUCCGAUUCGGCCUUCCAGAAUGCCAGAGCCAAGGAGUCUCGCCGCAGUGCCAAAAUUGGCAAGAACAAAGGCAAAACAGAGGAGGCCAUGCUGGGCCAGCACAGCCAGCUACAGGUGAGUUCUAACCGGCUCUCAGCUGAUGUGGACCCCCUGUCCAUGCAGAUGGAUCUCCUCAGCCUAUCCAGUCAGACACCCAGCCUCAACCGUGACCCUAUUUGGAGGAGCCGGGAUGAGCCCUUCCAUUAUGGGAAUAAGAUGGAACAGAACCAAUCCCAGAGUCCUCUGCAGCUCCUCAGCCAGUGCAACAUCAGAACUUCCUAUGGCCCAGGAGGGCAGGCAGCAGGAGCCCAGCCUGACGUGUGGGCCAAGCACUUCAGCAACCCCAAAAGAAGCUCAUCAAUGGCCAUGAAGGGGCAUGGUGGCAGCUUUAUCAAGGAAUGUCAUGAAGACUAUUACCCAGGGAGACUGAUGUCCCAGGAGAGCUACAGCGAUAUGUCCAGCCAAAGCUUUAGUGAAACCCGAGGCAGCAUCCCAGUUCCCAAGUACGAGGAGGAGGAAGAGGAAGAAGAAGGUGGCAUAUCAACACAGCAGUGCCGGCCCCGUCGUCCACUCAGUUCCCUGAAAUACACAGAGGACAUGACACCCACAGAACAGACUCCUCGUGGCUCUAUGGAAUCACUGGCCCUGUCAAAUGCAACAGGCCUGUCUGCGGAAGGUGGCGCCAAGCGCCAGGAGCACCUGUCUCGGUUUUCUAUGCCUGACCUUAGCAAAGACUCUGGCAUGAAUGUCUCAGAAAAGCUGAGCAACAUGGGCACGCUCAACUCCUCCAUGCAAUUCAGGAGCGCAGAGUCCGUCCGCAGCCUGCUGUCUGCACAACAGUACCAGGAGAUGGAGGGGAACCUUCACCAGCUCAGCAACCCCCUGGGGUACAGGGACUUGCAGUCCCAUGGAAGGAUGCACCAGAGCUUUGAUUUUGAUGGCAGCAUAGCAAGCAGCAAGCUGCCAGGGCAGGAAGGUGUGCGCAUCCAGCCCAUGAGUGAGCGCACUCGGAGGAGAACUACUUCCAGGGAUGACAACCGCCGCUUCCGCCCUCACCGGUCCCGAAGGUCCCGACGCUCGCGCUCAGACAACGCCCUGCACCUAGCCAGCGAGCGAGAGGUCAUCGCUCGGUUGAAGGAAAGGCCCCCUCUGAGAGCCAGGGAGGACUACGAUCAGUUCAUGCGCCAACGGAGCUUCCAGGAGAGCCUGGGGCAGGGGUCCCGGCGGGAUCUGUACGGCCAGUGUCCCAGGACUGUGUCAGACCUGGCUUUGCAGAAUGCCUUUGGGGAACGAUGGGGACCCUACUUCACGGAGUAUGAUUGGUGCUCCACCUGCUCCUCCUCCUCAGAGUCCGACAAUGAGGGUUACUUCCUAGGAGAACCCAUCCCCCAGCCAGCCCGCCUACGCUAUGUCACAAGCGAUGAGCUCCUGCACAAGUACAGCUCUUACGGUGUCCCCAAAUCCUCCACCCUAAGUGGCAGAGGACAGUUGCACAGCAGGAAAAGACAGAAGAGCAAAAAUUGUAUCAUUUCCUAAUGUGAUUGGGGUCGGGGAACAGGGGAAGAUGGGAGCUAAGAAUGUAAACUCAGAAACGUGCACUGUCGUGAAUUCCCAAGUCCUCUUGGGGAUGGUUCCUAGCGGAGAGAUGGAGAAGGCUCUCAGUUGAGGGAGGCAAGGCUGCGGGUCGACUUGGCAGAUACACUUGAUGUCACAGUUUUGGGCAUGUUAAAUAUGAUUUGUACAUUCCACUUUGGAAACACGGGCUGUGGAGGCCAGGGUAGGUCAUGUCCUUCCAAGGUGGAGUGGCCAUUUACCAGAUGACACAUUGUAACCUGCUCACUUAACAAUAUUCUUUCUGGUUCUCUUCCUUUUAGGAUCCCUUUUCCAGUAAAUACUUUAUUAGCCAGGACCCCAAACUAAGUUAUUUACAUGUCCAUUGUAAAUGCAAUGUAAAUGAGAGUUCUGAUAAAAUAUUUUUGUAUUUUGUAAUAACAGAAGAAUUUCUAUAUGGUAGGAUUCAGUGGGGACUUGCAUGCAUGUCCUCCAUUAUCUCUGAGUGGUAGUAGACGGUGGCCCAGGACCACCUGGCUUCUGUUUGUUUGUUUCCAUUUGGUUUGGUUUUCUUUCUAUACAAAUCUGUUACAUGUCAGUGAGACUCUUUUCAAAGAAGUAUAUUCAAUUUGGCUUUUUUGUGGCUGAAAAAAAGAAAAAUUAACUAUUCUACCCAAAGCAUUUUAUGCUCUAGUCCGUCAAAAAGGAGCCAUCUUUAAGUCUGUCCCCACCCUGAGUAGAAUUUAUUCCCUACAAAGUAAGUAGGUUUUUUUUUUAAUUUCAAUUGCAAAUGUCGCUUUUGCUGAUUAGAGAUAACAACCAGUGUCAGUCCAGUUCUGUGAGAAAUGCCAUCCCUGUUUGGAAUUAUUGAAGUUGCUUAAUGUCGAUCUGUCCCUUGGGGGGAAUCAAAGUGACUGUGAGUGGUGCCGACGUGUGCUGUCAGCAUGGCGUUGUUUUGAAUGUGGAGUUAUUGUUUGGUGCUCAUGUUUCCUGGAUUGUGUUUUCUGCUUUCUACUUCCAAGGCAGCCAGAGCUGCUGCCUUAGCCUGACAGCUGUUUGUCCUCAUACAGAUGAGCUUCAGCGUCUGCCACUGCAGGGCGGAAGGACGCUGCGGGAGGGCUCUGGGUACUUGGUGUGGCACACAUUACCCAUGGAUAGGGAACAAGGAAAUCUGAAAACAAAAAGCAAGUAGAUGUGGAAAUGGGGAGGUGGGUGACAGAAAACCGGAGAGAAAGACCUUGUAGAGGGAAAGCAGAGCGGUGGCAGCCACCUUGACUAGUCCCCAGUGCUUUAGAGAGAAUCCAAUUUGACAAGCUUAGUCACCACGAGAGCUAGUUUAUUACCCAAGAGGGUCAAGCUGCUGAGACGCUAGGGUAGCAACAUGGAAAACAGACCUUGUGGCAGGAGAGAUUUCCAUUUUGAACUUUGAGGACUGUUGGUCAGACAGAAAGGCUCAAGAGUGAGUUUGCUUAAAGAAGACAUUUCACUGCCGGUGAAAUAAAUAUAACGUGAAAUAAAACUUCUUGGCUCGCUUCAGUUUAAAAGAAAAAAAAAAACGAAGCACUUGCUCUUGGUCCAUUCUCUUCCACUCCUCAGUGGACUGUGGCAGAAAUCCACUGGAGGACCCAUCCUUCGUGAGAUGUGCUGUCCUUGUAAUGCACAGUGUGUCUCCGUGGCCAUUUGCCGUGAUAAGGCGAGCAUGGUCCCUUUUCACUAUAGUACUUAACAUUUUCUAGGGGAUUUUUUUUUUAAUGGAGAGAAUGUGAAAAGUGGCUUGUCAGACGCCAUUCUAAAUGGGUCUGGGGGAGAGGAGAUUGAAAAGGAUGCGAGGAUGAUACUCCAGGAUGUAUUAAAAUGAAUUGCUUUUUUAGGUAUUAAUAUGACAUUUGUCAUUGUCACUGAUUUUUUUGAAAAAGCAAUGCAAAUGUUGGUUGUGGCUGUUUUCCGCAUGCUAUCUUCAUAUCUAAAUGUUUCAUUAAUUAUCCAAGCCUCUGGAGAAUUAACUUUAUUACGUUUGUAUAGUAAGUUAAUAAGCUGCUUGGCAAACUGUUUAAGAGAUAAUACGCAGCACCAUGCCACUGUCGUGGCGGGUUUCUGGUAGACACUGGGUGAGUCCGAUUUGGAGCUUUGCAUUUGCUGAUUGGUGAGAAUUAAAAGACAUUAUUGAGAAACGGGAGGGAAAGGAGAUCGCUUAGCAAAUGGUUGAAAGCACAUAUCCUCUCUGGCCCCAAAUCCAAUGAAAGAAAUUCUCCCAUUGGAAGUUGUUUUCUCCCUCUGUCCUUGGCAGAGUGCCUCUUCCAUUUCCCAGAUACAGUUCAAAUCACCCUCAGCCCGAAGAAGAAAGCAGCCAAGAAACGACUUAAGUCGCAUCAAGAUCAUUCUGGCCAAAACUUGACAUAUAAUGAGAUACAGGCUUCGGGGUCCACCUGUUCACCACCUCCUUCGAUUUCUUCCCAUCCUAAAUGCGGCCAGGCGCAUUACAGAGAAUUUGAAGAAGGCCAGUUCCUCACAGAGGCCGUGGGUCCUUCAAGUGACUGCCCAGUAAUGCGCAGAACAUCACUGAACUAGCAUUUCUCUACCUUUAAGUCAUAACUGAGAUAUAAACCCCCAGAAUCUCAUUCUCAAAAUUCAAUUGCAUCCUUUUCUGGGGUGAGAAUUUAAGCUCCUCCCUGAUUCCCCCUGUGUAUCCUUUACCUCUUAUUGGCCGAGUUUCCCUGCUGAGUGGAGCCUGUACUCAGUUCCUUUCUAUCGUGAUUUUAUCUUCUCUAGGCCAGUUUCCGGAAGAUUCAUCUCUCCCCACUUUUCUCUUGUCUUUGAUUAUUUGGUUGACUUUUUUUUUUCCCAUCUCCUAUUCUUGGGCUGGCUUUGCUCAGAGGUACAGCUUUACAACUGAGUCCAUCUCCUCCCGCUGCCAGACCCAGCACCAGCUAAGCCAGCAUUCUUCUCCAGUCUAAGGAAUGCAUGAAUCAUUGAAAGCUUGCUGAGAGGUCUUGCUAGCACACCUCACCUUUGAUACUGUGAAAAGGUUCCAUGCUGACGCAGUAGCAUUGAGCGUGGCAUUCGGGGACCCUUCCUUCUGUCUUGUGGGGUUGUGGAUCUUCUACCGCAUGGGAAGGUAAAUGAGGGACUUCAGUCCCUGGUGUUUAACGUGCACCGAGGAGAAUUGCUGGUGUUGGGUGUUUGAAACCCUGAGUCCACAGUCUGUGGUCCAUCCUUUGCUCUCCACGCAGCUGCGUGAGCAGUCUGGAUUUUUCUAAUAAUACGGAAAGUCACAAUUUCUUCCUGUAGAACGCUCCCCCUACAGAGCUGUGACAAGAUGGCAUUUGCUGUUCCUUUUCUGGAAGUUUCCACUUCUUAUGACCUCCUAGCCAUUUUUGCCUUCAGGUGGGGCCAGCGCUGGCAUGGAUAUAGCACUUAGGCUCUCCCUGCCAGCAAAGCAGAUGACAGCCAUGGGUUAAUGUAGACUUUCCAAGGAAAGUCGGUUCUUGUCCCAGGCAUCUUUCCAACUAGUCCAAAGGGGCUGGUUGACUAGAGCAGGUCUUCUCUGUCUUCUAACACAUCUCAUUCGUGAGCUGAUUCUUCCCUGGGUCCCUGGGAGAGAAGCCGUGCGGUAGACAUCUAGGAAACAUCCAUCAUCAGGGACCAGGGGACUCGAGUCCCUCUUCCUUCCACACUGUGCAAGCUAAAGGAAGCUGACCCCUUAGGCCAAACGAGGCUCUCUUGGGCCCGCGUUUCCAUGCUCAGGGUCUUUGCCAGUUCCGUGGGCAGCUCCUGCUCACUCUGCUGAGGUCAGAUAAGAGUCUGGUUCCUCAUCUGACCCCACCUUACAGGGACGUAGGACACUUGCAUUCCAAAGGGCGGUGUCCUUUGCAUACUCCUGACAGAGACCAGACGCUGUGCUUCACAAAGAUCCACCUAUGGCCAAGGAAAGUGGAAAACCGAACCAGUGGCCUGAAUGUCACAUGCAGGCAGAGUCGUUAUUGUCACCUGGGUGGCAUCUUCAGGCUCUGCAGAUCAAGUUUCCACAAUUUCCUCUACUGAUCUUGCAGACAGUGGCAGGUUAGCAUCUUUUGAGAGGAUUGACAUCUCUUUGAGCAUAAGGGAAACAGGAAUGAAACCUUCACCUUCUCGUCAGCCGUUUGCCCCAGAGUUUGACCAUACAGAAGCCGUGAAGGUCAGGCUGGAGGAAGGACUGGUUUCUUUUUCUGUUUUCUCAUAUUAGGAGUCCAGUCAUCACAAGCCCCCUAUAGAGCAUGACUCACCUUUGGAAGCUUUUGCUAUUAUAGAAAUUCAUUUCCUGCUUCCAAAACCAGCCUCCCUUGGAGAAUUAAAAGGAGACUGGAAAGGUCACGUGCUAUUAGCAGACAUUUCUAUGGUUCAAAUGUGGUGAGCUCACAAGAUAGAUGUCUAGUUCUAUCUUGAGCAUUUCCUAAGAAAAACUUGAUGGUCUAGGCAUUUGACCAUGCAUGUUCAAUAGGUCGCCAAUCAAACAUCUCUGAAUUUCGGGAGGUCACUUGCCAGUAAGACCUCCUCUUGAGUCUGUCUAGCAGAAUUCCAUUGUUUUCAAUAAAGUAUUCUGGUUUAGUCCUGACCCUGAGUUAACAACCUAAGACCUAUGACUCCUCCGUAUUCUUCAGCAAACUAGGCCAGCAUUUAUUCUCUCAGACUCGUUCCUUCCUGCACAGAGUUGCUUUGCCCAGAUCCUAUUUAAUUCCACAAGCAUAAACCAAACCUCAGAGGGCCCAAGAAGGUAAAGCAGGCUGGAGUUUGUGUUAUCUGUAAGUGUCAAGCUGUUUGUUAGGAAGGCCUGUCAGGGGCCUUUGGUGUGGGCUCUGCCAGAGACUGUUCUGAACACUUUGCUUGAGAUCCGUGCCCUGUAAAGUGGAUAUGAUGUUUUACUGAUUCUGUAAUACAUUUGUAAACUUCCAAUAAAAUUUGA